AGAAGUAUACAAUUAAAGAAGUUUUGUAAAAUGACCACAUUGAUUGAACAGCUAAUUUUGAAAAUGGGCCUGCACGAUGAGCCCAAUGUUUUGGGAAAAACAACCGAGCUGAUACGAUUAUUGGAGCUGCGUUCUGCAAAUGUUCCACUACAAAUAAAUGAAUAUGGCAAAAUAGUUUUGUGUGCGGAUAUUGCAUGCACUCUUUUGGGCAUUGGAUUUGACAAGGAGCAGGCAUUGAAACUGUCCGCAUUAAGGAAAAGUCAUUAUGUGAAUAACAAGCGCAUGUUCAAGAAGCUACUCGAUCUCAAUGUGCUGGCGACCAUUAAUGAUAUCUGCGUCCAGCUAAGUCUAAACGAAGUGGCGCGCAAAGCCGAAGAGUUGCUGACUUUGUUUAAGAACAACAUUGCUAUGCACGAGCAUUCGGAUGAAGCAGAUCAUCCACAAUAUGCCGCUAUGGCUGUUUUCCACGCCUGCCGUCUGCUGAAAAGAAAAGUGCCCAAGGCAAAACUGAUGCCCUUCAGCAAUUUGCGUCCCACUCAAUGGCAACAGUUGGAGCAGCAAUGGGAGCGUAUGAUUACAAAGCAUUACAAGGAGAUCAAUGUGGCAGCUAAGUUAACUGAUAAGCAUCAAAAGAAAGAUAUCAUAGUUAAAAACAAUAGUCAAAAAGUAGAGAUUGAAGAUUAUGAAAAAUGGAAGUCGCGAAUGUUAGCCUCGGCCGAGGCUAAGCUGAAAGAGUUAGAAUCGAUAGAGCAGCAGAAUAUUGAUAUAUAAUAUAUAAUCAGUUCAUUUUUGUUUAUAAAAGCUUGUCAUAUUGUCACAUUCAUGGUGCAAGUCUUAGUUUUUAUAACUUAUUUACUUAUAAUUAUUGUUUUGUUAAUAAAUCACUUUAUCUUUAAAAACGUGA